AUGGCUGCGGUGGAACAGAACAUCACCAUCGAUCCUGAAAGCACCUUGCCUGAGCUGGUUCUAAAUGUAGAAGUCACUCUUGGAAUGAAAAGUGGGGAGGAAAUGCAAAAAGAUAAGGAGGAAACGCAGGAUGGUCUUGGGAAACAGAAUACAAACAUUUUACCUGCUGUAUGUGCUCUGCUGAAUUCCCAAGGAGGCAAGGUCAGGGUUCAUAUUGCAAAUCAAGACUAUAAUUACAACAAACACAGAACAGGAAAAGAUUUGGAGACCUCUUUCAAGGCUAUUAUGCCACUUGCUCAGAACCACCUAGACUUCAAACAGGAAGGACGCUGCUUUGUCAUCUCUGUGAAAUCACGCAGUCUGGAUAACUCUGGUUUGAAGCCUGCCACCAUUGCAACCAACUUGUAUGUGAGAAAUGGGGCCUCCUGUCAUCCAAUGGACUUGCAUACUGCUCUGCAAUUUUUCGAAGACCUGGAGAACCCUGGAUUAAGAUCUCCAAUAAAAACAAUGUGGUCUGACAAAAGACCUGGGGAAGAUGUGCGAGAAGAGCUCUGCAUCCCCGGACAAGAAGAGCUCCCCGUGCAAGAAGAGCUGGAUGUGCAAGAGCUGGCUGCGGCUUUUUUUAACCAGACAGAACUCACAGAAGAAAAAUUCUCCUUUAGCGAAUCCAAAAAUGUUGAAUAUAAAUCAUUCAAAACAAAAAAGUUGGUACAACGAGUUAAAGAUAUUCUCCCUAAAACUCUGUCUGCAUUUGCAAACACUGAUGGGGGAUAUUUGUUCAUUGGUUUAGAUGAAAAAGAAAAGCAAAUAGUUGGGUUUGAAGCGGAGAAGAGCGAUCUUGUGCAUCUAGAGACUGAAAUAGAGAAGUGCAUCCAAAAGCUGCCUGUCAUUCACUUCUGUGAGGAGAAGCAGGAGAAGAUAAAGUACACAUGCAAAUUCAUCCCAGUCCUCAGACAGGGAGCUGUGUGCUCAUAUGUGUGUGCACUCAGAGUGGAGAGAUUCUGCUGUGCUGUGUUCGCUGAAGAGCCUGAGUCCUGGCAUGUGGAAGACAGCUGUGUGAAGAGGUUUACCAUAAAGGAAUGGGUCAAGAUCUUAAUGUCUAGCAGGCCAGAGUCAGGAAGGGGGAUUAACAAUUAGAAUACAUUUAGUUUGGAAAGUUGGAAGACUUUCUCUUUGGAAUUUGAGACAAGAUCAUCAGUUCUGACUCUACUCAGUUAGUGAUCAACAGUGGAGCUGAAGUCUCCACUGCUCCUGCCACCUACCUGGGACAGAGAUUCCUCUCACCCUGGAUAUUACAUCAACCACCUCUUCUCCUGUGUAAAGAAAGCGCCAACAUCUCCCACCUGAGCUCCAUUUCAGGCAGUAGGCAUUUCUUUCAGCAGUCUGUGCCUCAGUUGUUUGUUCUUUCUCUCCCCACCUUUUUCCCAUUGACUCUUCUCCCUGAACCGUCCUGCCUUCCAGUCUCAUUAUUAGACAACACACAGCCCUACAGUUUGUGAUGAGAAAAGUACCUUGCGGUGUGUCAGGUUUGCAAAAGAAAAACCUCCAAUGAGGCCAGAGCAGCACCAGCAACCCCGAGUCUACACAGUUCCCAGCAGCUCCUGCCAUCUCCUCCCAAGCUCACCACUUCUUCACCAGCCUCCCACCUUCUUUUCCACAGCUUUUCAAUAAAUACAUAGAUAAACAAA